AGUAGGCGAGUGCGCAGUGGUGGUGUGGUAGCUCUGGGGAGAGUGCGUGAAUUCAUACCGUGCUUCCUGUACAGUUAAGGACGUUUACUGAAGCAGGCUAACUUAUCGGUUUGUUUUAAAGGAUAUCUGUCUUUUCUUACUCGUGUUAUCGCUUGGAGUGAUUUCCAAGAGCAUGAACAGCAUAAAGAUGCAGGAUGUCCCGCAGCUUAGUAAUGAGAUGCAGCUGAAAAUUAUGCGCAUGGUGAAGAACGGAGAGCUGAGUAUCGACGACGCUCUGGACCAGGCCAGAAGAGACAAACUGCAGCUGCUCCAGAAGAGCUUCAAUUUAGAGGAAAAACAAGCCUCGCAGUACAACUUCAGUGUGCACAAAUAUAAUGCUUACAGAUGGCAAAAAAGAGUAUUCCAGAUUGAUUUCAGCACAAAAAUGGUUUGCAGUAUUGAGAAAGGCAUUGUGAAGAGGCAGUUUCCGUUUGAGGUCAUUAAAAACUGCCAUGAUGCUGCAGGGACCAGGUUCACAGUGUUGUUCAAGGACCACCAUGAGUACGAGCUGGAGGCUAUGUCUCCACAGGACAAGCAAAAAAUCCUGGAACUGAUAAAUCAGAUUAUCUACAGGAAUAGCCAACCUGCAGAGAUUUAUGAGAAGCCUGAAGAGCCACCAGUGUCCCUGACCAGGCUUCAUGAGGGCCAGCUGCUUCUGCAGCGAGGAGGGCUCGCAUCAUUCAAAUGGAAGAUGUAUGAGGCACAUCUCUUUCCAGGACACAUGAUCCUGUUCUCGACAGCGAUUUGCCAGUAUGAGGAUGAGGCCAACGUAGCCAUGUCCUCCAACCUGCCAAUCAUCAUUCACUUCUCCGAUGGCAAUGCCAGUGUAGAGAGCCACUGCACCUGUGACUCUGUGUUUAUGCUACUCACGAACAAUAAUGAGUUCCAUUUCCGGAUUCCAGUAAAUGGACAGAUGAGUACACAGGUCAUUCGAAGCGAACGGGAUGCCUGGGUUAAAGUGAUUAAUAAGUUAUGCAUGGACUGGAAACAAAAAACUCAGUCUGAGCAUGUGUAUGAAGAACUCCAUGGAUCUGCCAAGAUUGCAGAAAGCAUUAAAGAGAUUCAGUCUGAAAGUGAGCAAGAACCGGAGACUGACAGGGUGCAGAACAAUCAUGGGUCUGUUUUAGUACUACCAACUCCAAGACCCCGUGUAUUCGCUGCAAAUGUAGCCGUUCCAUUGUCGGAGCCAGUGCUUGAACCGGUGUGCUUUCCUGCCCUGGCACCCGAACAGGUGCCUGAGUUAAAGCUACCAUCCACACCAGUGAAAACUCCAGAGCUAGUACCACAACUUGCAACCGUGAAAUCACCGGUGUCUACAUCAGCCCUGGCUCCUGCUCUUCCCAUGCCACCUCCUCUGCCACAGAAGAGCAAGCCAAAAACACUGACUGGGAGAACCAAGGCCUUUCACUGGGAUGUCAUUAUGCAAGACAAGAUUGCAAAGUCAUUGUGGGCACGGGGAAGUCCUCAAGAAAUUGAAAUCGACACAUCGCGUCUAUAUGAGCAAUUUGGAGUCAAAGACCCGGGGCACUUUUCUAGCACAGAGUCCACUAAUCAUGUUGAAAUCCUGUUAAAUCCGAAAAUUGCUCACAACUUCAAUAUUUUCCUCAAAAGUUUCCCAGUGCAGCCUCAAGACCUCAAGGACAAAUUGUUCAUUGUUGGUGAGGGAGAAGGAGGCCUCUCUGAUGAACACAUUGCUUCUCUCAGGAGGUAUGUGCCCACUCCAGAUGAUAUAGAGAUGUACAAGUCCUAUAAAGGAGAUGUGAGCAAACUGCACAUGGUUGAUCAGUACAUGAUGGAGUUGUGUAACAUCCCUUACCUGAGCACUCGACUGGACCUUCUGCUAACUCUCAGAGAAUUGCCCAUCAGCAUUGAAGACCUGGCACCGCUGAUUAACCAGAAGAUUGUCAUGUGUCGUCAGCUGUGGGGCUGUGAAUCGUUUGUGUCCGUGCUCGAGUACCUGCUGACCAUUGGUAAUUACCUCAACCAGCAUGCAGGCAAAGAAAAGGCAAAGGGAUUUCGUCUCUCAUCCUUAACGAAGCUCUCACAAUUGCGUGGGAAUGAGAAGAAGUUCACCUUGAUGCAUGCCCUUGUGGAGCAGAUCAUGUUGCAUGAGCCCCGUUUGGCCACGUUUUUCCAGGAGUUGACAGAAUUUGAGACCGUCCCAGGGGCAUCAAUUAAAGGCCUAACAGCUGAGGUGGAUGUUGUGAAGAAUGAGCUACAGAAGGUCAUUCAGUACAGGAAAACGUACAAGUGGAAGAACUUAGGCACCCAGCACUCCAAAUUCUCGAAAGACUUAAAGAUGGCCAUCGAGAAGUAUGAGGCUGAUCUCAGCCAGCUGACGAAGAGGUGUACUGAGAUGAGGAAACUCUACACUGACAUAUUGGUGAAAUUUGGAGAGCCCUUGGAUCAGCAGUCUCAAGAAGUGUUUGGCUGGGUUUGCCAGUUUAUCAAUGAAUUCAAAAGGAUCUAUGCAGAGUUCACAUGUUGAGACUUGUGCACGUGUGCGUGUGUGUGGGUGAGUGUGUGCGUUUGUGUAUGACUAAGAAGUCUGACCUGGCCUCUCAAGCAUAUCAGAGAAGGCGUGACAAUCCAAAGACCAUUUGAAUGUCAGUCUAAACUGAAGAGCAAGGUUUUCGGUAAGCAGCAUAAUCCAAGGGUUUAGUGAAGGAUUUGCCGGAUCUAUCACCGGCCCGGUGUUUACUUUGAUUAAAAGUCUUGGGCAGAUUUACUGAAAGCUGAAAGCAGCUCUCUCACUCCAGUCUAUAACAAAGAGCACUGCUGGAUGCACUGCUAGCUCAGGAGAAACUGCUCGGUUGGAAGCCGAUAUAGAUCGGCUGUUACUUUUCAGGAGAGCUCUUUCAAUGGAAGUUACUGGGCUGAAGAUGACAAACAGGGGCUGCCAAGCUACCAGCGGGCACACAGCUGCCCAAGGAGGAGGGAGGGCAACAGCCACCAGAGCCAGCUGAACCCCAUACACACGUUUCUCCAGACAGCCCAACAUGAAGACUUCACUGGACUGCUUUUGUUCCUACCCUUCAUUUAAAUUAGCUUUGCAGAUAAGCCAUGCUUUAGAUUGAUUUUUCUCAGUGACAUGAGGGAGCACAGGGCUCUGUGUGUCUUACAUUUUAAGCAGACAUCAAGAGGCAGACAGAUGUGUCCUUGAUUUUAAAAAGCUAAGUAUUUUGAAAUAAUGGAAGUCUAGGCAGCUCAUUGCUCACAUGUGCCACACUGCAGUAUUUCAACUAAAUUGAUUGCCAUUGAAAACAUAAGCAUUGCAGCAUAUAUGGGAUCAGGUCAGAGAUAAUAAAAAAGAUGGGUUUGGUAAUUCAAAGUGGGAAAGGAAACCCAGAAAGUUUGAUUUUAGACAGUACAGUGAAACCAUAAAACUGAGCUGAUUAAAUUGAUAUAAUGUUUUUAUUGCAUAUGUCUCUGGGAUGUCUGCGGGCCCUGGAGGAGUUUUAUAAUACUCAAAUCAUCAUCUCUGUCUGCCAGACAAAAACCCCUUCUUUCUACACCGUAGAUGUCACAAUAACAUGGCAAAAAGUGAAACUUGAAAUGAUCCAAUAAGCAUUGGCAUUUCAGGCAAUGUAACUAUUGUGUGUCUGAACCCAGACUGGGAGAAAAGAGAUAUGGGAUAUGGAGAAAAGGUUAACAUGACUUGUUUUGUCCAUAGACACCUCAGAAAAGCAGGACACAUAACACAGACAAGCACUUAUUUGAUUCAUGUACAUUUUGUGUGUACACAAUUCGUAUACAAAUGGAUUUAAACAUCAAUACAUAAGACACUUGGCUUUCAACUGGAAAUGUAUGUUUAGACCCAUAUGUUUUUUUUCAUCAGUCAGUGCAAGUUUGUGUUAUGUUCACAAGUUUUUAGGCUCUUAAAGCUAGACGGCUUUUUGGUUUCAUAAAAUCGGUGAAAUUUAGUUCCCUUUGAAAUUUGGUCAUUGUGAUACAUGUUUAUUUCUGUAAUAUCUCACAAAAUAUCAGGCCAUUCUGUGGCUGGGAAGUUAUUUAAUUUGAGGGGAUUAAAGCAAAUAAUAUACAUGAAAUUGCUCAUUUCGCGGUCAAGCAGACAUAAAGUCCAUGUGUACAUCCGCAGGUUUACCUUCUUCUUUUGGGUUUUAUGGCAGCUGGCAUCCACAGUGUUGCAUUACUGCCAUCUACAGGUUUACCUUGACCGUGCACUGACAGUUCCAUAAUUCUGUCUCUAAACGAACAGCUGAUCACACCGAGGUGCUCGCUGACCGCUGAUAUUUAUUAGUUUGGUCCUGCGUUUCCUUUCCUUUCCUUUCCUUUGCAACAUAACAUCUUUUCUUCUCGCUUUCUGUUACUGUAGUCGGUCUUUCACGUUUCGUUCGCACACUCACGUCCUCCAUUUUUCUCUCCUGUUUCAAAUUUGUAUCCCACAAUGCCUUGCGCGAACAGGGAAACCCCACCACGUGAUGCAUGAUGUAGUAUCUUGAAUUGGGUCAUUGUGAAGCAGGAAAAAAAAGCUGAGAAUUUAGGGCCACAUGGCUCUACAUUCAUUAACUGUUCUAUUAAAAAAUAAUAAUAAAAUUGGAAGUCUGUGAUUCAAAUUCAGUAGCUUUCAGUCCACUAAACAAAAAUAAUUGAGUGUCAGGGAAAAUUCUUUUUAUGACCUACACUUGAAAAACCUGAAGGGCAGUCUACCUUUAAGGGUUGGAAAGAUAUUUUCAGACUAAAAAGUACAUUUGUCUGCUUAGUUCUCUUGCAUUCACUAGUCGUGUUGUCAGGGCGGUGGAAAAAACAGUGAGGCAGACAGCAAAGAAAAGCAGCUAAAUAUACCUUGGUAGUGUGAAAAUAUUUCAGACUAGAUGAAGCCUAUGUACACUCAACUGAACAUUGUGUAAGACCAUGCUUUAGGUUUCUUUUGCUUUAAUACAAUGUUAUCAUUUUCAUAUAACUUUGCAUGAAGUGCAAAGGUAUUUCUUUUAAAAAAUCCAACCCUUACUGGCUCCUGAAGGAAUUCCUCAUGCACUAAAGCAAUUUGUUGUCCUGUAAAGCUAAACAAGGGUGGCAUGGUGGUGUAGUGGUUAGCAUGCUCACGUCACAGCAAGACGGUUCUGGGUUAAAGCCCAAUGACUGACUGGGCCUUUCUGUGUGGAGUUUGCAUGUUCUUCCCAUGUCUGCGCGGGUUUCCUCUGGGUGCUCUGGUUUCCCCCACAGUCCAAAGACAUGCCGAUUAGUUCAAGUGGCUACUCUAAAUUGCCCAUUGGUGUGUGUGUUUGUGUGUGUGUAUACCCAGCCACCAGAUGAGGGUUUGGGCCCUCUGGUGUGUUAUAAUCUCCCAAGAAAACUCAUGGAAGCUAGUUGAGAAAUUUGCAGAAUGGCUUCCUCAACUAUGAGGAUGGUAACAGACAGAAAGCUCAAUAAAAUUUGACCCUUACCUCCUACUGUGCCAUGAUGAAUUCUGUUCAUUUGCUGCUACGGGUUGGACACCACUAUCCAAUCAUGCUCAACUUGGUUAGAGCAUGGAUGGCAAUCCAGACACAUUUAUGGAUGCUACUAAAGCAAGAUUUGGAACAAACAAGCUCUGUCCAAGAAAAGCUGGUUAUUGAUGUAUAUGGAGGACAUGAGCUUACAUGCUGCACGCUCUCAGUUCCAGAAUCAAGCAUUUUCAUGUGAGGUCACUAUUUUCGGAUACAUUUGGUACAUCCUUAAACAGGGUAAUAUGAUUUACAGAUUUAUUUAUUUUGCACAUUCAUUGUUCCUGGUAACAAAAGGUGGGCGGUAUGGUGGUGUAGUGGUUAGCACUGUUGCCUCACAGCAAGAAGGUUCAAGGUUCAAGCCCAGUGGCUGACCGGGGGCCUUUCUGUGUGGAGUUUGCAUGUUCUCCCCGUGUCUGCGUGGAUUUCCUCUAUGGCCCUGUCCACACGGCAACGGAUUCAGGUGAAUCCGAUACAAUUGUUUAUCGUUUAGGCCUGGCGUCCACACGGCACCGGCGUUUCGGGUGCCCCAAAACGCAAUCUUUUGAGAACGGGUUCCAGAGUGGAAAGAUCUGGCAACGUUGCCGUUGCGAAGUCGUCUGGAUGAGUAGAACGGAUUUGUUUACGAUGACGUCACAACCACAUGACUGUCAGUGCUUCACGCCGGGUAGAAGUGUAACGAACUCGAUGCGAGUUGUCAACAAAUCCUAUAACUUGGUUCAUGAAACGCGCUUACAAAAUAUUUUCACUGUGAAUAUUUAUUGUGUAAUGGUGCAAAGUGAGUGAGAGAGAGAGAAAAUAGCCCUUAGGGCAGAGUCAAUCCCACCAGCAAAAAUAGGGAAAAAAAGGAGCGAUCUCACCUCUUCAGAUGUUGGUUUAAGUCCUACAAUACAUUCCUCAAAAAGGGCGUAGAACAACAAAUUAAUCCAUCAACGUGUAGCAUUCAAUUUAUUCCGGACCAUUAAAGACGCCGCCUUCCGCGUAGAAUCAUACGUCAUCCUCGCCGCCAUAUUGGAUAGGUCAAAGCGGAGAAUAAAGAUGCCUCAUUCAUGUGCUGCAUUUAACUGUACCAACAGGUUUACCGUCCAAACGAGAUCACAUGGGAUUACCUUUCACAGGUGAGACUGGAAAAAUACUUUUCAUUGUAUUUGGUCAUUAUAACGUAAUUUUACGAACAGAUUUUCCUGACUUUGUGGCUAAUAUGAAGUAUUGCGCAUAAUAGUUUAUGCGCAUGCGUCCUUACUUCUUCUAUUGUUCUGGUGUCUCCGAAGGGACCAUCUUACAGCGCCCCUAGAGGUGUGGCAUGUGUAUUGCAUCGUUUUCAGCAAGCGUUGCGUUGCCAUAUGGACCUGAUAUUUUACUGAUCGUUGCCCAUUUGGACGCAAUAUUUUUUUAAAUAACAUCUCGUUGCCGUUGUCGUGUGGAUGUAGCCUAUGUGCUCUGGUUUCCCUCAUAGUCCAAAGACAUGCAGGUAGGCUAAUUGGCUACUUUAAAUUGGCCAUAGGUGUGAAUGUGUGUGUGAAUGGUUGUUUCCCAAGCCCAGAAAUGGGAAGUUUGUGGCAGGAAGGGCAUCUGGCAUAAAACUAUGCUCCAAUUAAUAUGACGUAGAUCAGUAGCAUCCACAUGGACUCCGACCUGGCAAUAGUGCUGGACAAGGAGGAAGAAGGAGAUUGUUCAUGGUAACAAAAGCAUUGAGGUUGACUCUGUAUGGCUGUUAAUUAAAAUACAUUGUAAAUUGAAAUUUGACACUUUCCAGCUGUCGUUGAUCAGAAUUUAAGUCCUAAAUAACAAUAUCCUGAAUCAGAUUUUUAUUAUACUGUGAAAAAUAUGACGAGUCAAAUUUAAUCAGUAAAAACGAAUAGUGUUGCAAUCCUUUAGUGUUUAUGUAUGAAACAACUUUGUCCCUAGAUUAACAGGACUAACCUUUCAUCCACAUCCUGAAUGUCCUCUGAUCUCCAAGUCUGGGUUCAGAUCUACCACACAUGGCCAGCUUUUCAUCAAGCGCCCCACACCAUUUGUCUGAGAGGAUUACAGAUGAGAGAUGUUAUUUCCUGCUGCUUGAACCAUCCCACCUGUCGUUCAUGGGAGCUUUGAGCAUUUGCACUGAUGCUGCCUUUCAGUCACUGCCUCUUAAACUCUUUUCUUCCAUGUAUACUACUCAAUCACCUAUUGCUUAGAGAGCCGACUCUUAGUUAAAACAACUAAUUCCUUUUUCUGUUUUGUCAAACGCAAGAUGCUGAAACAUGUAUUUUUAUGUCUUUCUUUUUUUUGGCUAUUUAUUGCUUUGUACUUCUAAGCGAAUUGCUUUUAUAGAAAAACAACAGUUGAAGCAAUGUGGUAUUCUCUAAUUCUUUUGUCAUAGAAGAAUGUGUGACAAGUACAGAGUAAAAUCAAGCCUUAAGGCUUUUCAGAUUUUCCUGAAGGUUAAUUGAAAUACUUUUCUAUUCAGAGUGUACAGACAUACCACAGUAAGUAUAAGAGGUAAAACUAGGCAUGUGGCCAUACAUACGGUAUUGUAUUUAAACACGUUUCAAUGAAUUAAAAUCCCAUCCUAUUAUUAAGUUGUUCAUUUUAGAGCAUAUUAUUUAGUAAUCAAAAUGAAUUAUUCAGUAACUAUAUAGUAAAACUAAUAAAGAUUUAUAGGUAUGAGAGUCAGAACAGGCCUUGGGAGUUUAUGUGGAUAAUAGAUUUUUAAUUCGAAUAAAAGUUUGAAGCAUUUUCUGCAAUGGCUCAUUGUGCUUAUUCCCAAUACAUCGCUGCAGAAAUGUUCUCAAGUAGUGAGUUGUUUCAUUUUAUGAUACGGGAUACACUGCCGAUAAUUUCCUGUCAGUCGGCAAAGCUGUCCUCUUUAAGAGAAUCUGUCAGUCUCUGGCGAGGAGCCAUUUUACAUUUGAUCCGUCUUUGUGAAGCCAUAAAUAACCAUUCAUAUUUGUGUAUGAGUGCUAGGUCUAAUAAUCUGUGUGAGUUGGUGAGUG